CCACUUCUGAAGUUGAGGCAACCCAAGGAGGCACCAGCAGCCAAGAUGUCCACACAGAGCACUCACGACCUGGAGCCCGAGGCCUUGGACCUGCAGCCUGGGAUCCCAGAGGCCCCAAGCCACCAGCGGCGCCACACACUUCCUGCCAGUGAGUUCCGCUGCCUCACUCCGGAGGAUGCUGCCAGCGUGUUUGAGAUCGAGCGCGAAGCCUUCAUCUCUGUCUUGGGCAUCUGCCCCUUGUAUCUGGAUGAGGUCAAGUACUUCCUGACCCUGUGUCCAGAGCUGUCCCUGGGCUGGUUCCAGGAGGGCCGCCUCGUGGCCUUCAUCAUCGGCUCGCUUUGGGACCAGGAGAGACUCACUCAGGAGUCGCUGACGCUGCACCGGCCCGGGGGCCACACUGUCCACCUGCACGUGCUGGCAGUGCACCACGCUUGCCGGCGGCAGGGCAAGGGCUCCACGCUGAUGUGGCGCUACCUGCACCACCUGGGCAGUCAGCCAGUGGUGCACCGGGCCGUGCUCAUGUGUGAGGACAGACUGGUGCCCUUCUACCAGAGGUUCGGCUUCAGCCUUAUGGGCCCAUGCGCCAUCACCCUGGGCUCGCUCACCUUCAUGGAGCUCCAGUGCUCCACGCAAGGCAAUGGCUCCCUGCGUCGGAACAGCGGCUGCUGA